UGUAUCCAUGACCUAUCCAGCGAGUGCCAUUUUAGUUUCUGGAAAUAGGUUAUGCAAUACUACUCGGAAACGAAGGAAAAUAGCGAUGUCUCUUGGAAGCAAUAAAGAGAGGCCAGAAGUGGCUGUUCAAUCAGGUGAUCAAAGGCUUUAUCUAGGUCUGGAUUUUGGCACAUCCGGUGCGAGGUUCGCCGCCAUUGACGAGGACGGCGCGAUUCAAACCGAGGCCAAGAGAGAGUAUCCUUUGUACAAGAAAGAAUGGAGAAACACAGGACUGGGUACGGUCGUGGAAAGAGACACUAUUCCUGCUACUUGAAGACAU